GGCCGCAGCACUGGCCUGACAUGCUUAAGGAGUUUGGACUGGGCCCUUACUGCUAUGGGGGACGCUCAGACGGAACUUGUAAUGCUUGUCCUACUGCGGUUAGCUGAGGAUGUGAUCACAUUUCAGACAUUACCCACACAAAGACGGCGAGAUAUCCAACACACCCUUACACAGAAUAUGGACAGUAUCUUCACCUUCCUGCUUGGCAUACUGCAGCUCCAUGUGAAUGAGUACAAGAAGAUGAACUGCAUUGCUGGUCAGGAAUUGAAGGCAAAAGCUCACUGGCGAGUUGGUGUAGCCACUCUCAAUACUCUAGCUGGCUACAUUGAUUGGGUUGCUCUGGUCCACAUCACCAAUGAUAACUGCCAUCUUUUGGAGAUCUUCUGCCUGUUGCUGAGCGAACCUGAGCUUCAGUUGGAAGCUGCAGAGUGUUUGCUAAUUGCCAUUAGUAGGAAAGGAAAGUUAGAGGAGAGGAAGCCAUUCAUGGUACUUUUUGACGAAGUUGCCAUGAACUACAUCCUGUCUGCUGCACAGUCAGCAGGUGGUGCAGCUCUCUGUAACCAAUCAUCAGGCGGCAUUGUGGAAAGAAGAUACACUUUUUUGAAGAGGCUGUGUCAAGUUCUCUGUGCCCUGGGUAGCCAAAUCUGCUCUUUAGUGGGUUCCGAUAUUGAAGUACAAGUUCCUGUUAAUCUGGAUAAAUACAUGGAAGCUCUUUUUGCCUUCACUACACAUCCUAGCCAGUUUCUGAGGUCGUCCACGCAAAUGACCUGGGGAAACCUAUUCCGACAUGAAAUUUUAUCAAAGGAUCCUGUAGUUGGCCAGAUGGCGAUAUAUUUAAGAGCAGCAAGGAUCAAUCUUGUUAAAACUGGAUUUCCCUCCAAGAAUGAUUGUCCAGGUUGUGAAUUCUCUAGAGUGGACUUUGAUAGUGAUGAAGAUUUCAACUGCUCCUUUAAUUCUUUCAGGGCUCAGCAGGGAGAAGCAGUUCGUCUGGCUUGUAAAAUUGUCCCAUUUGAGGCCUUCCGUAUUGCAAGGGAAUGGGUGCAGUAUCAGAUCUGCACACCAAUAGAUACUGGAAAUACAACAUCUAAAACAGAGAAGGGUGUCUGUUCUGCUCUGUCUCCGUCAGCGGUUCAAUGGGAUGCCAUGACAUUCUUCACAGAAAGUGUGUUUGGACAGCUCUUCAAAAUUCUUGAAAAGGAGAAAAUUCCCAUAGAUGAGGGUAUGGAGCUGCUGCAGAUGGUUGUACACUAUGAGACAAGUGAUCCUCUCAUUCUGUCCUGUGUUCUUACCAUCAUAUCCACUCUCUUUCCCUUCGUCACACACCAACCACACUUCCUGCCUCAAGUACUCUUUAAGAUAUUUCCUUCAAUCACAUUUGAAUUGGUUGAAGAAUGCAAGGCACCUCGAACGCGAGCUGUUAAGAAUCUCAGAAGACAUGCCUGUUCUUCCAUCAUUAGGAUAUGUCGAGAUUAUUCAGAUUUUAUGCUGCCAUGCUUCGACCUGAUGUAUGAGCAUGUGAAAAGGUUGUUCUCCAAUGAGCUGCUGCUGACACAAAUGGAGAAGUGUGCUCUUAUGGAAGCCUUGAUAUUAAUCAGCAAUCAGUUUAAAGACUAUAACAAGCAGAAAGCCUUUCUAAAAGAACUCAUGGCAGCUGUUACUGCACAGUGGCUGUCAGAGGAGAUGAAGAGUGUGUUAUUGGACCCUGCUACCUUCUUGGCAUAUGUUGGUGCUGAUCAGGUGAUCAGUGAUGCUGACACAGAGGAUCAGAUGGGUAUCAACAGGUCACGGAUUAGUUUUUGUGUGAACACCAUACUUGGGGUUGUAAAGCGUGCUCGUUGGCCUGCUAAUCCUGAGGAGGCAAAAGCAGGAGGCUUUGUGGUCAGCACAACCUCUGAUGGGGCCCCUAUCUACAGAAACCCUUGUGCGGAGCCCCUGCAGGCCUUGCUGCCUAACCUUUUUGCUCUCAUCAGGACUCAAAAUAGCUUGUUCUUACCAGAGAACAUCAACCGGCUUGGCAAAACUUUUACAAGGGUCUAUGAUAUUAUGGAUAUGGAGAAGAAUUUUGCUUUAGGAAUUCCUCAACCACUUUUAGAUGCCUACGACUCUUCAGCAUACAGAAACAUUGCUGAACGCAUGCAAGGCUUCUUCUCCUCACUCUAUGAUAACUGUUACCACGUGCUUGGGAAUGCAGGUCCCUGCAUGCAGCAAGACUUUUAUGCAAUAGAAGGCUUGGCAGAGCAGAUUGUUGGUUCUGCAUUUACCCAUCUAGACAGUGUUCCAGACCACAGGCUCCGCCCCUUAGUUCGUCUGUUCAUGAAGCAGCUGGUGAUGUCCUGUCCUCGUGAUUAUUAUGACAGCCUCCUCAAUCCUUUGCUGGGCCCACUGUUUACCUAUCUGCUGCAGAGACUGAACUUUCGGUGGCAGAUCAUCAACCAACGGACCAGUCUGUGUGCUCGGGAGGAGGAUGAGGCUUACUAAGAGAACCUUGUCACUCAGGAAGUGGUGGAAGAGCAGCUGUUGCGGCUGGUCACACGGGAAGUCAUGGACCUUCUAAGUGUGACUUGCAUUACAAGAAAAUUUCCAGAGCUAUCUGCAAACAAAGAGGAAGUAGAUGACGAGGAGAUGGUGUCUAUGGACUCCUCACAGGGAAUUCAAAUGAAUACACCUUCAGAUGAGCUCUCAGAAUUGGGCAAGUGCCUUCUCCAGAAUGAG